AUGAAAGGAGUCCUGAGGUUCAGGAAGAAGGGUAAGCUAAGUCCGCGUUUCGUAGGGCCAUUUGAGAUUUUGGAGCGGAUCGGUUCUGUGGCUUACCGUUUGGCCUUGCCACCUUCCCUCUCUGCGGUCCAUAAUGUAUUUCACGUCUCCAUGUUGAGGAAGUAUUUAACGGACCCAUUACAUAUGGUGGACUUUGAGCCCUUGCAACUGAAUAAGAACUUGAGUUAUGAGGAAAAGCCUGUGCAAGUUGUGGCCAGGGAGGUGAAAGUUUUGCGCAGCAAGGAAGUGGCACUAGUGAAAGUCUUGUGGCAGAACCAUCAGUUUGAGGAAGCUACUUGGGAACGAGAGGACGAGAUGAGAGCAUUGCACUCAGAGCUUUUCCAGGAUUAG